GCCUUUUACGUAGCCGCCUAUAAAGUUGUUCCGGUGACCGCGCGGCCGCCUCAGAAUACACUCCACCCUUGAACGCAUCGAACCCAGCUUGCUUUCUCGCCAUGAAUUUGCUCGUUCUGUCGUUAAUAACAAUCCCAGCGUGCUUGGCACAAUUCUCGAUACAGGGGCCCAGUGACGGGAACCGAGUUGCCCAGGGCUUGCGAAUAGAGGAAGGGAAAGGAAUCGAGUACACAGAUCAAAAUGAACCGGACGACAGUGGCUUCAGUAUCACGGGUGCAACGGAUGGUAGCGCGCAGAUACAAGGUGCCAGCGACGGCCAUUCUAAUUUCCAAAUUCAUGGUGCCACUCGCGGACCAGCGGAAAGAUACCUGCAGAGACCUAGUGCAGGAUCGUAUAAUAUCCAAGGAUCAACGGACGGACACAGUCAGUCGAUUGUUCAAGGUUCCUACGAUAGUAACUUAGGCCCUGCGAAAUCUCUUCAAUAUAACGAUCCCAGUGGACUGAGGGUGAACUGGAGGUCGUACGAUCGUCGACCACAGCCGACGGCGCAGCAGCAGGAAGUGCGAUACACGGAAACCUCGGUCGUAAACGUUCCAAGAGCAUCGUCUCGACAAAAGUCAAGGCGACCACCACCGCCACCCGAGCCGGUUCAACAAUCCAAGCCUUUGGAAAAUGCACCCUCGCACAUCCAGCACCUUCUUCAACUGCAAGCGCAGCUGCCAUACGUGAACAUCGUUCCUGAACCGUACAGGUAUGAAAAUUUGAUAGCGUCGCAGGGAAAUCAACAACCUCGGUAUGAACCUGAGUACGAGCCUCAGUACGAGCCGGAGCCGCGAGAAGAACCAGCGCCGGAACUACGGCGACCAAAUUAUCGAGGGAAAUCUCGUGGUUCGCCAAGGCACAGACGACAAACGUCACAGUAUAGACAGGGCGCCGCUCCUGUACAGCGACAGCAACCCCGUAGAAUUUCGCAACCAUCGGCCGAUCCUCCAAUUAACUACAACCCAAAUUUGCCGCCUCAUCUUCAACAAUUGUUAAAGUACCAGGCUCAAACUCCGUACAUCAACUCGAUCCCCGAACAGUACAGGUUUAAUCCGGAGCCAGCCGUCCAAAUGCAGAUGGAACAGGUUCGUAGACACUACGAAGAUCUCCUUAGACAGCAACCAGCAUCUCCCACCGUACACACGGUACUGCCAGCGGUUGCACCAGCUCCGAAGCAAAUACGAGGCCCACCGCAAGAUGGACCAUCGCGUCCCAGACAAAGAAGACAAGCUGCUCAUCAACCUCAACGACAGCUACGACCGCAAUCGUUGCCAGCGGAACCGGUGCCACGGUACUCGACCAAUAUUCCUAAUUCCAUACGAAGUAUAUUGCAGUUCCAGGCACAAAUCCCCUACAACAUCAUCGCCAAUCAAGUCGAGUAUAAGUUCGACAAGACGUACGUGCCCCAGCCAGCGCAGCCAGCUGCCCCGCCGCAAGUUCAGUACCAAGGUCAGAAUCAAUAUCAGGGACAGAGACAGUACAGAGAGCAGAAUCAGUACCAAAAUCAAUAUCAGAGCCAAAUUCAAUCAGUCGAUGAGUACCAAGGUCAACCGAGCGGAUACAGCCAGACGUACGCGCCGCAGUCACAGUAUUUGCAAUAUCCGCAGUAUCAAGCUCAAUAUGGGGAGCAAGGGGUUCGUCCAGUCACCGAAAAUCAAUAUUGAGGAUUAUCGAAUCUUUGUCAUUCGUUUCUCGAAUUCUUCGUAUUUAUUUAUUUAUUUUUUUUUAUUUGGUCAUUGUCUCGGUUUUCUUCGUUUUCGAUUAGUCGGAUCGAUCACGGCGUUCCCACGUUUCGCACUUUGGGGAAAUUCUAGAUUUCUGUUGCAGUUGGAAAGAUAGAGUUGUGUCUGCUUGUUUCGUUGAAGUUCAACAUAUAAAUAUUUUAGAACAAUUAAAAGGGGAUGAAUGUCGUUGACGAAAAAUUAAAAAAUUGAAUAUAAAUGAGUAGAUAUUGUUACGAAGCGAGAAAUACGCUUUCAUUGUACUUUAUUGCAAUGUAAUAUCUCGUAGACAUUAAUUAUUUAUCAAAUUAUUUACGAAAUAAUCGCAGUCAAUGUGUUAGAUAUUUAUUAAAUUUCUGAUGAACGAAUGAAAAUCACUGCUUUGUUCAUUGAUGUUGUAACAAUAAUUCUAAAGUAGUAUCUAGUUGUUCUAGAAAAUGAAAAAAGAAGAAAACCGAAUUUUCCAAUCAUUAAUUUUCCCACACUGUAAGGAAAAGUAUACCGCGACAAUAUUUUUGUGAAAUUUGUUUCCACGUGAUAUGGAAUUACGGAGAAAUCAGGGCUCUCGCUGCGAUUGUUUCGUAAUACGAGGAAACAUUUGAAAAUCACGAAGCAUGUCAAAUGAAUUAUUUCGUUGGGAGAAGUUACGUUUAACAACGUAGUUUCAAAAAAGAAUUGCAGUAUACCAACACCUUCAUUCAAAUUUUGUAUUUGAAACUAGAAGCGACGAACAUUUUAACGAAGGAAGAGCUCUGCGCUCGCUUCGACAAUUUACAAUACUCAAAGCAAUAUUUAUUUCACGACACUGUUUCCCAUUUUGUAUUUUAAUAAAUAUUUUAUACUUGUAUUUACUUUUCAUCUAUACGUCAAUUAGACGAAUUUCAACUUCACCUAUAGAAAUCGAAUGCAUGUGUAUAUCCCAAGACGUUCGACGUUUCUCUUUCGUUCAAACGUGUCGACGAUAAUCCAUCAAAAUCUAGGAGAAGUAAUUAUAGUAAUUAUAGUAACGGAAGUCAUUUCGAUUUCCCCGUGAGUUUCUACAUACGGUAAUGUACGACUCCCGGUGAAAGAAGAAAGAACGAAAGCAGGCCGUCAUACUGUCGAUAUCUAUAAGGAUUUAUUGUCUCGUUUCUUCGAUAAGCAAUAAUCGAGCAUUAUUCAAUAAGCUCGUCUGUUUUUAUAUUACAAUGUUUUCUAAUAAAAAAAACAUUUCUCAA